AUGCUCCUCGGCUGGGAGACAAGUAACCGGCAUGAACUGCCCUCAGGGGCUGGACAGUUCUGGGUCAGGCGGCUGAAGAGAGCAACUGCUGUGCACAUCUGUGCUGCAGGAUGGCCGGCCCCUUCGUGUCCACCUGGUGGACUCUGGGGACCGAGAGAUGAAAGUACAGUUGCCACCAGCACCACCAUUGACCAUGUGCUGCAGACCUGGCAUCCCUUCCUCCCCAAGUUCUCCAUUCAAGAUGCCGAUCGCCAUAGGAUCCUGCGAGUGGUGGGGCCCUGCUGGACCUGUGGCUGUGGCACAGACACCAACUUUGAGGUGAAGACUCUGGAUGAGUCUCUCAGUGUGGGCCACACCAGCAAGCAGUGGGCAGGGUGGGCACGGGGGAGGCUUCCAAGAGCCCUCCCGGAUGCAGAUGACAUUGGCUUGCGGUUCCCGCUGGAUCUGGACAUGAGAGUGAAGGCUGUACUGCUGAGAGCCACAUUCCUCAUUGACUACAAGUUCUUUGAGAAGCGAGGAGGCACUGGGUCCUCUGCCAUCACCAGUUAG